AUGGCUUUACAACUUCUACCUCCACUUAUCGCUGCUGGUGGAAAAGUUCUUUGUGCAGUAGUUGCUGGUAGGGUUGGAACAAAAGCACUUGAAUCAUUUACCAGUAACAAGAAUGCAGACGCAUCAAAAUCAGUAGAGGAGUUGAAACAAAUCGUUAUAGAAUCAGAAAAUAAAAUACAAAAAGAAAAAGAUGAUAAAGUUAAACUUGUUGAGUUUUAUAAAAAACAACAACAAGAAUUUGAAGAACAAAUGAACACCCGUUUAAUAGAAAGAGAUAAUCAAAUUAUUUCAUUACAAAAUCAAAUUAAUCAACUUAAAGAUAAAUCAUCAAGAAAACCAUCAAAUUGGGAAGUUUAUUUUAAAUGGGGACUAAUUGUUGUCAAUGUAAUAAUAUUAGUUGUUGGUGUAUUAUUACUUUUAACUUAA